UCAGUAUUUUUCUCCUGGCUUCUUAAUAUCGACCUGUGGUGUCUGACAGGUGGAUUCCUUAUCAGUGCAUUGAUACCGAGUUUGCAGCGAAAAUAUAAAACAUGACAGAGCACCACAUGUUUAUAGUGUAUCUAAUUUUUGCUGUAAUAUUAAGAUAUUCGGAGUGUUACAGUAUCGAGAAGUAUUCUUUGCUGAUGCCGAAUGUUAGACCGAAUACGCCGGAAAUAUAUUUAUGUACUCCAAUCAAAGUGGAUUCUUCAAAAAAUUAUUAUAUUGUUGCAUUUGAACCCAAUGCUACAAUGGCAACAGCACAUCACAUGUUAUUGUAUGGUUGUUCUAAACCAGGCAGUUCCAAACCUGUUUGGAACUGUGGGGAAAUGGCAAAUGAUAUGACAACAGACACUGAAGACACAGCUAGUCCGUGCAGUGAAGGAUCAGAGAUUAUUUAUGCAUGGGCAAGAGAUGCACCUAAGCUAGUUCUACCCGACGGCGUAGGUUUUAAAGUGGGAGGAGAUUCUUCGAUACAGUACCUGGUGCUACAGGUACAUUACGCCCACAUAGAUCACUUCAAGGAUGGCAGUACUGAUGAUUCUGGAGUAUUCCUGCAUUACACCUUGCGUCCAUUAAAUAAAUUAGCUGGAGUACUCUUGCUUGGAACAGGUGGAAACAUUCCUCCGAAGAGUACAGAGUACAUGGAAACGUCAUGUGCGAUCGAAGAGAAGAAAACCAUAUAUCCAUUUGCAUACAGAGUACAUACUCAUACGUUGGGAAGAGUUGUGUCUGGGUAUUUAGUAAAGCAGAACUCGGAGUGGAUAGAACUAGGCAAGAGAGAUCCUAUGAAGCCACAAAUGUUCUAUCCGAUUCACAUAAACGUAACAGCUACUUUGGGCGAUGUAGUAGCAGCUCGUUGCACAAUGCAUAAUGAUCGUGAAACCUGGACUUACGUUGGGUCCACUAACAAUGACGAAAUGUGCAACUUCUACCUCAUGUAUUACGUAGAGAGCAAAGAGCCACUGCAUAAAAAGUAUUGCUUUACUUCAGGACCGCCUAAAUACUACUGGCACAAAACUGAUCUGCUGAAUAUACCGGACCGAGAAGCUUCCACCUUAUAAAAAAUGCCGUAUGACAUGAACAAGUACAGUGUUUUACACAGGACGAUUUGAUUUCAAUCUUGUCUAAUGAAAAAGAUGAAUUGAAAAAUUCAAUGGGCAACUUCUGGUGGCUGGUAUAAACUUUAUUGAGUUGGAAAUCAAAUCGUCUCUGUUUGAAUUCCAAUCGUGUCUCUUAUAAAACUGAUAUCAUUCUUAAUCAAAUCUGAAUAGCGAAUGAUAAAGAGCAGGAUCUUUGUUAGGUUUCUUCUAACUUCUAUGAAAGUAUAUUUACUUGGUUUAUGUGUGAUAUUUAAAAGUUUACAAAGAUUUUAUCAUACCGAAGUGAUUUUACCUGUAGAGCUGUCAAAAAACGUACAAGUCUGCAUAUUGCCUUGGUCAUUUCUACUUUCGCGACCCUGAUCAAGUAGCGAAUCAGUUCAUGACAUUCCCGACAGAUGGCGAUCGCAAGAUACUUCUCUGGCACCUGAAAUUAUUUUUAUUCAUUCACGCAUCAAUGCAAUAUUGUACUUAAAAACGUACCUUUUUACUAUAGAAUCUCUCAGUUCAAGUAUUUUAAUUAUCCUUACUUACAUUGACAAUUUACAUUGUAUUUAAGUACGAUUUCUAACAUACGUCCAUACACAAAGCUUUGUACCUAAAACGUUAACUCGCAUAAUAAUUGCAUUACAGUGUCAUGUAUAUGUUAUAUUACAUAAUGUAUCAAGUAUUAGAGUAGUAGGAAUUCUACGCCGAGCCUAAGUCAAACAGUUAAAAAGUAUGCUCGACAGGUAUAAAUUAAUUAGAAAAGAAGACGCUAUUACUUUAAGUUAUUUUAAAUUUCAUUGAUGGUGAGGAAAUUCCGUUCCAUUAUACCUCAAUAAUUUUCAGUUAAUGUGAUACUCUACAUUUAAAAAAAUGAUUUUAAUAUAAGUUUUAUGACUAUCAAACGUACUUAUUCCCAACCGCAAACAACGGGACGGGUAGAUUCAAUUUUAAAUGAUAAGUGGGCGAUGAGAAAAGUUCCUCGGUUUAUCCUAAAGUGCUCAUCGACGAUGAGAAGAUUCAUAAACUUUAUAAUAUCCAUUCCGAUUUAUGUCAUUUCAAUACGCUAUAUUUUCCAUUCAGUCGUCGAUAUGAAAACUUACCCUUACUAUCCACUGCUAUGCGUAAAAUCAUAUCCGCACAGAUUCUCAGGCCUGCACGGAUGAUAAUACGGACAGAAAACAAUAUUAAAUAAAUACAAUAAAGGAUCUUAUUCGUGGUGUCCUUAUGAAAUUACAUAUAGAGAGAUAUAGUAUAUUAACAAGAAAAAUCCACAAGUAAAUAUUUUCAACAGUCUAUCAAAGCGAAUACUGUAUAGAAUCUUUAACAAUAAUUAUUAUUAAAUUAUCAAUCACUGUCAAUAUCAGUACGACGCACGUACAUUUCAUGUGAAAGUCUGCGUAUGUGUACUUGCUAUUGAAAGAAUUUAAUUUGAAUAAAGCACUUAUACAUAA